GGAACUCCACUCACGCCAAAAAGUAAAUGAGCGGUAGAAUUUCUACUUUUAUCAUUAUUAUCUUAAAUUAGUGAGUAAUAUUGUUGAUAAUAUUACAUUAUUCAUCUAAAUGUACAUCGUAUUCAAUUUAUACGAAAUUCAAACUUUAAAAAAAGUUUUAAGUUAUUUUUUGGAGCCGGUGUAUCGUGGCUUUAUACUAAUCUCUUUUAAUUGAUUGAUCACAUCAUAGUUGGUGAUAUAUUGUUUCAUGUACUCUGAAGACAUUUUAUAACUAUUACUCAUAUUUUGAAAUUGAAAAAUUAUGAACUGAUUUACUCUGUGUUAUUUUCAUUUCAUAUUUGUGAGAUAUACAAUCUAGUGGUAUCUUGGAAGUCAUCAUGUCUGACGAUCUUCCUCUCAUUGCCCAAGUAAGCAAUGUAUCGACAUUGGCUACUCUUGAACAGAUUGAAAAGCUGUUCGGUUUUAUGGGUAAAAUUAAAGAUAUCCGAAUGUACCCUACCGUUUCUGUUGUACAACCGCAGUUCAAAGUUUGUUAUAUAAAAUAUGCAGAAUCUUGGAGUGUAAGAGUUGCAUUGCAUUUAACGAAUACCGUAUUUAUUGAUAGAGCAUUAGUAGUGGUAGCAUUACCAGGUGAUAUUAUACCAAGUGAAGAUAGUACCACUUUUGAUUUGUUAAACCCAACUGCUGCCUUACCAGGUUUAUUGUCAUCUGGUUUUAAGGAUGUUAGCAAUGAUAUUGCAGCUCUUGAUGGUAAUUUAGUUAUUACUUCUGUUGAUACCAAUUUGGAUAUAUUAGGCCUUCCUCAAUAUCCACCAUUAUCAGCUGAUCAAGAUCCCAAUACCAUUGAGGAAAUUCGAAGAACUGUUUACAUUGAAAAUAUCAAUCCUCAAGUAACAGCAUCUCAAUUGCUUGAUUUUAUCAAUGGAGUUGUUGGUGAAGUAAAAUAUUUGAGAAUGGCUGGACAUGAUAAAAAUUUGUAUCAGUCUGCAUUUGUUGAAUUCACUGAUCGUGCAUCGAUUGUUAAGGCUCUGCAGUGUGAUGGAAUUACAUUAAAAGGUAGUAAAUUGAAGAUACAACAUUCCAGUUCUGCAAUUGUUAAGCCUCAAAAGGAUUCAGAGGUUAUUUCUGAAAAAGAAACAGAAGAAGCUAUGAAACGUUUGAAAGAGGCUGAAAGCUUAAUUGCCAGAGUUGUUGAACCUGAAAUAAGUGGGAAAAGUUCCAGGUCCAGGAGGCGUUCAUCUUCACGAUCUCGAAGGCGUUCUUCAUCCCGUAGCAGGAGGCACUCUCGUUCAACUUCUCGCCGGUCUUCUCGUAAAAGAGACAAGAGAUCACGUUCAAAAGACAGGAGGAGAAGAUCAACUUCAAGAAGAAGGAAAUCUCGUUCAAGAAGUAAAACAAGACGCUCUCGUUCAAGGAGCAAAGUUAGGCGAUCACGUUCUCGAAGUAAAUCAAGGCGUUCUAAACGAAGCGAAAGAUCAUAUUCAAGAAGUAGGAGAUCCCAUUCAAAACGCAGUGAAUCGAAAAGCAAAAGCAGCAAAAAAAGUCGUCGUUCACGAUCGAGAAGUCCACACUCUCGUUCAAGAAGAAGCCAUAGAUCGCGAUCUAGGAGCCGCAUUGCCCGUUCCAAAAGAAGCAGAAGGUCCAGAUCAAAAAGUGAAAUAUCUGCAUCCAAACGUGGGGAACGUUCUCGAUCUAGAAGUAGAUUGUCCAGGAGCCGGAGAUCUCGUUCUCGGAGUCACUUGACACGGUCAAAGCGCAGCAAAAGGUCUGAAUCUAAAAGCCAAUCAUCUCCUAAAAGAUCAAGGUCUCGCAGCAAACUUUCUGUUGCUGAGUCUAAAGAACCCCAAGUAAAACCUAAAAAUGCAUCUUCGUCUAGAUCUAGGUCUCGAGAACCAUCAAAACUGUCACAUUCUGGAGAUGAAGCUAUAAAAAGAAGUGACAAUGAAUCUACUAUGCAAUCUGUUGAAUGUGCACUGACAUCUGCUUCACCUGAAAAGCCUGAAAGUCCAAUCGCUAAAGUAAAAAAUGAAAUAACAGAUUCUGUUGAGAAUAGUGUUAGUGAAACACUGGCUAAAGAUGCUGAAUGUUCAAAAUCUAGUGAUGGAGAAGAUUACACUCUUACUAUAAUUCCUGAAGAAAAUAAAUCUAAUGGCAAUUUGAAGCUUGAUAAAGGAAGUAUAUCAAAUGAAACCAAAAUGAAUGAUAAGGUUGAUGAAAAAGAAAGAAGCAGAUCAAGAUCUCGUAGCAAGAGUAGAAUGUCUACUGAAAAGUCAGCUAAAAGUUCACCUAAGAAGUAUAGGUCAAGAUCCCGAGAUCGUAAAAGAAUUAGAUCUCCUAUGAGGAACAUACGAAGAAGGCGCAGUUAUUCAUCAUCAGAUAGUUCGUCAAGCCCUGAAACAAGUCGUGUUAGAGAUAAAAAGUCUAUUUCAAGACAUAGGUCACGAUCUCCUAGAAGAAGCAAGCAUUCUUCAAAGCGAUCUGUCACUCCUGCAUCUAAACGAACCAAGAGGUCAAUCACACCUGUGAAACGAUCUAAACGGUCAUCUACCCCAAGGAAGCGAUCAAGGCGUUCAGUUUCUCGGUCGCCAUCCAAGUACAGAUCUCGCAGCGAUAAGAAAUCACGUUCUAGGAAAAAGUCUGUGUCUCGAAGUCCUUCAAAACGAUCCAAGUCUAGAAGCCCUCGACGAUCAAUGACCAAGGAAGCUGGUAGUGAUAAAGAAGUUCGUGUAUCUGGUUUGAAAAAGGAGAUUUCUAGCCUAAGAGCAAGAAAAGGAAGUGACAGUGAUAUGCGAGGGUCUGAUUCUGAUGUUUAAUUGUUUUGAAAAAUUUGAACUCGCAUAUAGAAAGUGCAUAUUAGUUGUAAAAUUUUUCACUAUUAACGACAAAGCAUAGUUUAAUAUCAGACUACCUUUUAAAGAACCUGCUACAAUUCUUGAAAAUCUUGGGCUGUUUUUAUUACUUAUAUUAGCUUUGAUGUAACAGCACACUUUAUAGUUUGAAGUAUUCCUGAUUUGAUUUAAUUCGGCUAUCUAAUCCUUCAUGCAUGUUUAUUUUUAUGUUUUUAUUCAACUGUAAAAUAUGUGUAAAUGCUAGUUACUCAACCGAUUGAUGUUUUUCAACUCCUUACAAAACUACUUUGUUGGGCUGUUUCUUUUUUAUGUCUACAAAGUGGGGUAACAGGAAAUUAUUGAUUUUUUUUUAUAUAUAUAUAUAUGCAUGAUAACAUAUUUUUCAGAAAAUGUUAAAAAAAUAUGUGUGAAUUAUAUUUCAAAAAGCUUUUUUUUUUCAUGCAUGCAUGUAUUCUGAAUUUAUUUCCUUAAACAAAAUAAAAUUUUAGCAAUUAAAGGAAAAAUUCCUAAUAGUGUGUUUCUCUCUCUCGUAUUUCAUGUUUUCAUAAUAUUAUUUUUGAAAUGUUCAAAAUACAUAAUUAUUUUUAAUAGUUUGAAUCUGUUAUGUAAUGAUAGCCUUUGUGUUUCUAUUUUGAUUCCAUUUCUUUUUCAUUCAUUCUUAAAUUUAUAUAUAUGUUUUAAUGUUUAUUCUCUGAGGUUUCAUU